CCAGCGUGCUGGUGAACACCAAUCAGAGCGUUCCAACGAGCAGCUGCUCUGCCAAUCGUGGGUCUCCACGACAGGGAAGAAGGACCACUUAUAUAGAAGAAGCACCACUUGUUCAACAUCAUUUCAUGAAGGAAAGAAUAAAGAAAAUAUUAGAGAGAAAGGCACUUUGCAGCAAGAGGCUGGUACCGCGGAAGAAACGUCAAGGCCGUUAAUUUACAGAUAAUACUCUGAGGUUUCUUUGUAAAUCUGACUACAAACAGGCAAAGAUGAAGCUGUUAUGGGUUGUAAUGCUGAUGGUCGGCACCGUGUUUGCCGAUGAUGACGACAAGAAGGAGAAUGUGGGGACUGUGGUUGGAAUCGACUUGGGGACCACCUACUCGUGUGUUGGAGUGUUCAAGAAUGGCCGUGUGGAGAUCAUCGCCAAUGACCAGGGUAACCGCAUCACCCCUUCAUAUGUGGCCUUUACCAGCGAAGGUGAGCGUCUGAUUGGUGAUGCUGCCAAGAACCAGCUGACCUCCAACCCUGAGAAUACCGUCUUUGAUGCCAAGAGGUUGAUUGGCCGCACAUGGAGUGACCCCUCUGUGCAACAGGACAUCAAGUACUUCCCCUUCAAGGUUACUGAGAAGAAGAGCAAGCCCCAUAUCCAGAUUGACAUUGGUGGUGGCCAGAUGAAGACAUUUGCUCCUGAGGAAAUUUCUGCCAUGGUGCUGGUUAAGAUGAAGGAGACUGCUGAGGCCUAUCUGGGCAAAAAGGUCACCCAUGCUGUGGUCACUGUUCCUGCCUACUUCAAUGACGCCCAGCGCCAGGCUACUAAGGAUGCUGGAACCAUCGCUGGUCUGAAUGUUAUGAGAAUCAUCAAUGAGCCGACUGCUGCUGCCAUUGCUUAUGGCCUGGACAAGAGGGAUGGCGAGAAGAACAUUCUUGUAUUUGAUCUGGGUGGUGGCACCUUCGAUGUCUCCCUUCUAACCAUUGACAAUGGUGUGUUUGAAGUGGUGGCCACCAACGGUGACACUCAUCUGGGAGGUGAGGACUUUGAUCAGCGCGUCAUGGAACACUUUAUCAAGCUGUACAAGAAGAAGACUGGCAAAGAUGUGCGCAAAGACAACCGUGCUGUGCAGAAGCUGCGUCGUGAGGUUGAGAAGGCAAAGAGGGCGCUGUCUGCCCAGCACCAGGCCCGCAUUGAGAUAGAGUCCUUCUUUGAAGGAGAAGACUUCUCUGAAACCCUGACACGUGCCAAAUUUGAAGAGCUGAACAUGGAUCUCUUCCGUUCCACUAUGAAGCCUGUACAGAAGGUUCUUGAAGAUGCUGACCUGAAGAAGUCUGACAUUGAUGAGAUUGUCCUGGUUGGAGGCUCCACUCGUAUCCCCAAAAUCCAGCAGCUGGUGAAGGAGUUCUUCAAUGGCAAGGAGCCUUCUAGGGGGAUCAACCCUGAUGAAGCUGUGGCAUAUGGAGCUGCUGUGCAGGCUGGAGUGCUUUCUGGAGAGGAGGACACUGGUGAUGUGGUUCUUCUGGAUGUGUGUCCCCUGACUCUUGGUAUUGAGACUGUUGGAGGAGUAAUGACCAAACUGAUUCCCAGGAACACUGUGGUGCCCACCAAGAAGUCCCAGAUCUUUUCUACAGCAUCUGAUAACCAGCCUACUGUCACUAUUAAGGUUUAUGAAGGUGAGCGUCCUCUGACAAAAGACAACCAUCUGCUGGGCACCUUCGACCUGACUGGCAUCCCUCCUGCCCCUCGUGGUGUGCCACAGAUUGAAGUGACCUUUGAGAUUGAUGUCAAUGGUAUUCUGCGAGUCACAGCUGAGGACAAGGGCACAGGCAACAAGAACAAGAUUACAAUCACAAAUGACCAAAACCGUCUCACACCUGAGGAUAUUGAGCGCAUGGUGAACGAUGCAGAGCGCUUUGCCGAUGAGGACAAGAAGCUGAAGGAGAGGAUUGACUCUCGCAAUGAGUUGGAGAGCUAUGCCUACUCUCUGAAGAACCAGAUUGGUGACAAGGAGAAGCUUGGCGGCAAGCUGUCAGAUGAUGACAAGGAAGCCAUUGAGAAGGCAGUGGAGGAGAAGAUUGAGUGGCUGGAGUCGCACCAAGACGCCGAUCUGGAAGAAUUCCAGGCCAAGAAGAAGGAACUGGAGGAGGUGGUUCAACCCAUUAUCAGCAAGCUUUAUGGAAGUGCGGGAGGACCACCACCUGAGGGUGCCAACGAUGAGAAGGAUGAGUUGUAGAUAAAUCUGAUUUCAGCUCUUCUGUUCCCUCUUACCUCUCUGACAGUGGCACCUAGACAUAUAUUGAACUGAUGGGACUCAUUAAUGAGAGGAAUGGCUGGGAAGGGGUGGCAGUAACAAGCAACCAUACUGAAUUUUCAGAGACUUUGAAAUAAGUUGGUGUGAGAGGUGUUCUCUUCGCUGGAAGGCGGAGAUAUCUC